AUGGCGGGUCGCUUCGUUCGCGCGUCGAAAUAUCGACACAUUUUUGGCAAAUCCACGAGAAAGGAGUUUUGCUACGACAACCUGCACAUUAGCCGCAAUGCUUGGGACACAAACCUCGUCAAGGUCAACCCCGAAUACCUCUCAGUCAACUGGGAGUCCGGCGGCGGCGGUGCCUUUGCCGUGAUCCCACUCAGCGAGAAGGGCAAAGUUCCCGACCAGAUUCCCCUCUUUCGCGGACACACGGCCGCCGUGCUCGAUACGGACUGGCACCCGUUUAAUGAUAACGUCAUCGCCUCGGCCUCGGACGAUGGCAAGGUCUUUAUAUGGCAGGUCCCGCAAGGCUUCACGCUACACACCGACGCGGAGGAGCCAACGGACGUGGAGCCCGUGUCGCGGCUGACGGGUCAUUCGCGCAAGGUGGGCCAGGUGCUCUUCAACCCGGCGGCCGAGUCGAUGCUGGCCUCGGCCUCGGGCGACCUGACCAUCAAGCUGUGGGACGUGACGACGGGCCAGGCGCACAUUACGCUAAAGCACCCGGAUAUCGUCCAGAGCCUGUCGUGGAACGCCUCGGGCAACCUGCUGGUUACUUCUUCGAGGGACAAGAAGCUGCGCGUGUGGGACGUGCGGCAGGAGAAGCCAGUCCAUGAGGCGGCCGGCCACUCGGGCGCCAAGAACAGCCGCGUCGUGUGGCUGGGAGAGCACAACCGCUUCGCGACCACGGGAUUUAGCCGCAUGAGCGAGAGGCAGCUGGCGCUUUGGGAGCCAGGCAACACGGAGCCUAUCGGCGGCUUCAAUGUGCUCGAUUCCAUCUCAGGAGUCUGCAUGCCCUUCUGGGAUGAUGGUUCCAAUUGCUUGUACCUCGCUGGAAAAGGUGACGGCAACAUUCGGUACUUUGAGUACGAGAAUGACAAAUUUGAGUUCCUUUCCGAAUACAAGUCUGCGGACCCCCAAAGGGGAAUUGCCUUUGUACCUCGCCGCGGCAUCAACGUUCAUGAGAAUGAGGUUAUGCGAGCUUACAAGACAGUCAACGAUUCUUACAUUGAGCCCAUCUCCUUCACCGUACCUCGACGUGCCGAGACAUUCCAGUCGGACAUCUACCCUCCUGCUGUGGGUCUGAAGCCCGCUAUGUCUGCGCAGGAGUGGUUAUCGGGUAAGACUGCUUUGCCGUCCAAGAUUGACUUUGAGAGCAUUUACGAUGGCAACGCUCCGGUUGAAGUGCCGGCAGACUACAAGCCCCCUGCCCCCGCGCCUGCUGCUACGCCUUCUUCGCCCGUUAAGCCUGCAGCGCAGAAGGAGCCCGAGCCAAAGCCUACUGUACGGUCGCCGCCUCCGUCCAUGGGCGACCAGAAGGAAUCCAUCGCCACUAUGGCGUCCAAGUAUCAAGACAAUGAGGAGAGUGACGAGGAGGAGGAUGAGGCAAAGAACGCGGCGGAUGAUUCGAGCUUUGAGGAAGUCUCGAGACCAGCGCCUCGCGCCGCCUUCCCCGCAUCGCAGAGCAAGCCACCCGCGCCCAUCAAGACGGCGUCACCGGUGGCAGCCAAGCCUUCCUCCCCUAUCAAAUCCCCGCAAACCUUUUCGCCAGCGGCAUCCAGGAAUGUAUCAUCAUCAAUCGCUCCGCCAACGACCAGCAACAGCGGAGCCGCGCCUUCGUCGUCGGUAGAGGCCUCUCUUGCUCAAAUCACGCAGCUCUUGGAAAAGCAGACCAAGAUCAUCGGUGAACAGAGUGACAAGAUCGGCCACUUGACCAAUGAAGUCGAGACUUUGAAGAAGAGGAUUGGUGCAGGGACUCAAGAUCAAAGUGAACGCAUCAGGCAGCUCGAGCUUGAACUCGAGGCUGCUCGAUCGUGA